AUGAAGUGGGGCACGCAAGGCUACUCGGACUUUGUCAAGAAGUUCCCGCUUUUUCCUUCAAUCAGAACACUUCAGGAAGCAGUUGAACAUUUAAAGUUUGAGCCAGGCAUUCUGACAAAAGUAUUUGAUGUAAUUGAGUGUCAAGUUCCAAAUAUGGCAUCUCAUGAGAUACACUGCAUAAUAGCAUUAGAUGAAAUGGCUAUUAAACCCGGUGAGACGUAUGAUCAAGGCAGUAAAAGAUUCAUUGGUUUAUGUACGUUUCCUGGGCACACCGGCAUGGCAAAGAAAGCAUUGGUCAUUGCAUUAGCAGGAAUCACUACUCGAUGGAAGUAUGCUGUGGCAUAUUAUCUCACAAAUAAGACUGAUUUCGAAGCCAAACUAACAGACUGCAAUCCUACAGGAAAUGCAUUAAAAGAUAUUAUCAGUAAGAUUAUUGUGAAAGCUGAGAACAUUGGUCUGAAAGUUGCAGCUGUAAUUUCAGACAUGGGGUCUGACAAUCUGUCUUUGUGGAGAGCUUGGAAUAUUGGAUGCCAUCGAAACAGUGAAAUAAGAUGCAGCAUCCCUCAUCCAGCACGACCACAAGACAGAUUAUAUAUCAUGCCUGAUCCCGUGCAUGUAUUUAAAAACAUCCGUUCCAUGUUGGAGAAUCAGGAAAUUAUUUCUUUGCCUCAGUCUAUUGUAGAGUCUCAAGGCCUUAGCCAUCCUUUUGUGGAAGUAAAACACAUAGAAGAAUUACUGCGUCACGAAAAAAAGUUUGAAUUUAAGAUUGCCAACAAAUUGAAAGAGUGUAGUCUCCGGGUGAAAAAUCACUUUUCCACAAUGAAAGUGUCCACAGCAAGGUCCGUCAUUUGUCGAAGAACAGCAAUUGGCCUCAAUGUCUAUGCAAAGACAACAGCAAAUUCAAAACCUCUCACUACAGCUUUCUUUAUUGUUCUUGUACAGCAGCAUUGGUUUGAUCUUGUCACCAUCAGAAGUAGUAAGUUGGCUCUUAGUAAGAAAAAUGAGGAUGCAUAUAACAAAGCUAUUGAGCAUCUGCAAUUCACGACGCACGUAUUCCAACAUAUGAAGAUUGGUACAAAAGGUCACUGGAAACCAGUUCAGACAGGACUACUCAUGGUAGUUGAACGUCUACUGUUGCUGCAGAAUUAUUUUUUGAAUUAA